AUGGUCUUAGACGAAGAGUUUAUUGAAAAAUGUCGUGAAGCCUUCAAUUCGUUUGAUACAGAUGGUUCCGGUACUAUUGAUGCUGUCGAGAUGAAGUUGUUACUAACUGCUAUUGGGGAGGCUCCUAAUGAAGAAGAGUUAUUCAAGUUCAUGGCAGACGUUGAUGAGGAUGGUACGGGUGAGAUAGAGUUUGCUGAGUUUCUACAUGCCUUUGAGAAGCAACGUGAUGGUUAUGCUGAUACUGAGGAUGAAUCUGAUACUCUUGACGCCUUCGUGGCUCUUGGUGGUAAUAGAGAUAGAUCAGGAUUUGUAGAUAAGGAUAAGCUUAUGAGGAUCGUUAAGGAGGAGUUUGGUAUGACCAUCAAGGUUGACCGUUUGAUGGAAGAGCUUGAUCAUGAUAAAGAUGGCAAAAUCAAUUUCGCUGAGUUUGCCAAUUUAUUCAUGUAG